UCUUAUGAGAUUAUCUGCUUAUCUCUUUUUAAAAGUGGUUAGAUUUUUUACACUUGAGCUGAUUCACUGAUUAGAGCAUAUCACUAAUUAGAGUUUCAUGGGCAUCCGAAUUAGGCGCGAGAAAACAGACACCGCAGACAUACCACUUCAUCAGCAGCCGCUUCUUUGGCUCUAGAAUUUUUAAAUCUUCAAAAUUUGAAAUAUAGAUAAUUAACAUAUAACAAAAAUGCCUAAAGCUGAGAAGAUAAAGAAAGGAAAAUCUAAUAAAGAAAUACAUCCCAACUCAAGAAAGGCCUCACAGAUAUCUAAAUCCAUUCACAAACAAGAAAAAAAACAAAAACAGAAAGAACAUUUAAAUGAAAGACAGAAAGCUCUACGUGAAAAACUGUUCUGGUUUAAAUGUGAAAUUGAGCCGGUCAAAGAUAAAUAUUCACUGAUUGAAGUUUCAGAAUUGAUUUUAAAGUAUAUUAAUAGAUUUGAAAAGAGAAUAGAUGAAAUCGAAAAAUUAAAUAAACUUAAUGAAGAACUUGGUCGACAUGGACAAGCUCAUUCAGCUGAAUACAGCGCUUUAAAAUUAGUUCGGGAAAAAGAAACUAAUUUGAUUAAUGAUGGAUGUUUCGAAGCUCCUGAUAUUACGAAUAGGGUCGUUGUAAAAGUCCUAAGAGAUUGGAGCGGCGAACUAAAGGAUUUACCCAAAAUUAAAUUGAAAUGCUUCAAGAAAAUGUCAGGGAAUAGCGAAGAUAAUAUUUUACAAUAAGAUUCUAGAGAAUUGUAAAUAUGAAAAUAUACCGUAAUCAUGUUUUGUCAAAAACAAUCUUUGAGUGCAAAAGAUUUUUUUUAAAAUAUUAAUAACUUGUUACUAA